CAGUGUCGUAGCAUGAGGGAGGGAGGGAGAGAGAGAGAGAGAGAGAGAGAGAGAGAGAGAGAGAGAGAGAGAGAGAGAGAGAGAGAGAGAGAGAGAGAGAAAGAGCGAGAGAGAGAUAGAGAGAGAGAUAGAGAGAGAGAGAGAGAGAGAGAGAGAGAGAGAGAGAGAGAGAGAGAGAGAGAGAGAAAGAGCGAGAGAGAGAUAGAGAGAGAUAGAGAGAGAGAGAGAGAGAGAGAGAGAGAGAGAGAGAGAGAGAGAGAGAGAGAGAGAGAGAGCCCCUUGAAGUCGGGGCACCCUUGCUCUUGGGUUUAGCCACCAUAGGCAAUAACUGGCAUAGUAAACC